AUGACUUCUGCCUGUUGCGUCCAAGGUACUCUCCAAAAUGAUUCGCCAAAUGGCACUGAAACCGUUAUCCACGGUCUCGAUACCUAUGUCGCGUCUGGAGACUCCUCAAAGGGAGUCAUUGUAAUAAUACCAGACGUAUUUGGCUGGCUUUUGGUAAACACUCGUCUAUUAGCCGAUGUAUACGCUAGGAAGACUGGCUUGUCGGUUUAUGUCCCUGACUUCAUGUCUGGCGAUUCAUUUCCAGUAGAGAAUAUGCAGGUCUUAUCACCCGUUGAUGGUACAGUCCCGACUAUGACAGCAAAAGUUAAAACUCUAGGAAAGCUUGGAGCUUGGAUGUUUCGCCAUCGGGAGGCCGUUUCAUGGAAGAUAAUCAACGGUUUCUUUGAAGCAAUCCACAAAGAGAACACUACCCGCAAGGUUUUUGUCUCUGGUUUUUGUUGGGGAGGAAGAUAUGCUUGCUUGCUCGCCCAAAGGGAGAAAUGGUUUUUGAGUGAUGGGAGUUAUAGAGAAGGUGGGCUUAUUGAUGCUUUGUUUUCGGCACAUCCAUCUCUGCUCGCAAUUCCAAAGGAGAUAGAGCUCAUUGCGAAGCCUGUGAGUUUUGCGAUGGCUGAGGAGGACGAACGUCUCCCGAUGAAAGACGUCGAGAAAAUCAUAGAGAUUCUCGGAAAGCAGAAGAUGCUUAAGAGCGAGGUUGUUACUUAUGACGGCGCCAAACAUGGCUUUGCUCUGAGGGGAAAUAUUGAGAUCCAGGCUCAGAGAGAGAAUAUGGAGAACUCCCAGGACCAGGCAGUUAAUUGGUUCAAACGCAUUGAAAUCGCCAUCUCUGAGGUCCGGACAUCUCUCCUCCAACCAACCAAACUUAUUCGCCCCAAACAAUAUCUACCACUAUUUACCGCGGACGCCGCAAGAAUGGUCCACGCCGAUGCAUCGAAUUUCUCGAGAGGCGUUUCAAAAGCAGAGGCGUAUGCUCAAGUCAUCGAGCAGGCCUCGGCGCUGUUUGACGGACAACGAAACUGGUGGGUCUACUUCUCCAUCAAGGUCUGCAACCUCGCCAAUUCGGCUUCUCUUAUCUGGCAUGCGUUACAUUCGAUGCCAGAGCCAUCAAACCAUGCAAAUUGGGCAGGGUUCUACGUCCUUGAUCCGACAACUCCAAAACAGUUGAUACUCGGCCCAUUCAUGGGAAAGGUUGCCUGUCAGACUAUCAAAUUCGGCCGUGGGGUUUGUGGCAAGGCAGCGGAAACCGCUGAGACGCAAGUCAUUGAGGAUGUGCACUCGUUCCCAGAUCAUAUCGCUUGUGAUGGAGACUCAAGAAGUGAAAUAGUCGUGCCCAUACGGGUUGGUGGAAAGGUCGUCGCAGUUAUCGACGUUGACUCCACAGUCCCUAAAGCGUUUGACGAGGAGGACAAAAAGGCCCUAGAGUCGCUAGCAGAAAUUCUCGGAACCAGUUGCGAUUGGUAA